AUGACUCCUAUUUCCAUGGAUCCUUGCACUCAGCUACUUCCCAAUUUGGUGGAUCAUUAUGCCAAGACCAAGCCCGAAGCUGUCUAUGCCGAGUACCCUGUCAACCCUAUGAGCUAUGAUGACGGAUACAGACCCGUCACGUACAAAGCCUUUGCCAAUGCUAUCAACGGUGUCGCCCAUUGGUUAACGAAUAACCUGGGCCCCGGCAACGGGGAGAUAUUGGCCUACCUAGGUCCCAAUGACUUGCGGUAUCCUGCUUUGGUCUUGGGUGCUGUGAAAGCUGGCUACUGUAUGUUCCUGACCUCGCCUCGAAACAGUCUAGCAGCACAUCAAUCCCUAUUGGAUAAACUCAAAUGCACUACGCUGUUGGCUUCUAGCCCACGACUCCCUUUCGUUGCAGCUAUUUUGGAUGCUAUACCCCUCACAGUCAUAGAUGUUCCAAAUGUGGAAGAUCUCUUGACAACUGAAUAUCCAAUCUUUGAAUAUUCUAAGAGCUAUCCUAAAGAUGCUUCCGAUCGCCUGUUAGUGCUUCACACUUCUGGGUCUACCGGGAUCCCGAAGCCCAUCAUCUGGACCCAUGACAGUGCGGUCAAGCACAUGCAUAUGCAAAAGCUAGAAGUUCCGACAGGACAUGAGGGUCAGGACCGGAAGGGGUUCGGAAAAAGGAUGUACUUGACAAUGCCUCCAUUUCAUGCGGCUGGGAUUGGGCACAUCCUCAUAGUUACAAUGCCUGUUGGUGCAACACUCAUCAUACCCACAUCCGGUGGUCUUCCUACUGCUACCGCCCUUGUAUCUGCGAGAAAGCAGACCCCUUUUGACUGGGCCAUUGUCGUGCCAUCAAUUAUCAAGGAGUUGGCACAGGAUCCCGAGGCUUUGGAUUACUGCAGUUCCCAUCUGGAAUACCUGGUAUACUCCGGAGGUGACUUGCCGCAAAUGAUCGGAGACACAGUCGCGUCUAAGAUACCACUGAUGAACGGAUAUGGAGCCUCAGAGCUGGGUGUUCUGAGUGUAACUCACUCUCCAAUCCGCGAUCCCUUGAAAGACUGGCGUUAUCUCCAAUUUCAUCCUGAAUUGGGAGUGGAAUACCGCCAUGUCUCUGGAGAUGAGCACGAGGUAGUGUUAGUGCGCACCCCGGGGCGCCAAUGCCAUCAGUUCCCGUUUACAAUUUUUCCUGAUCGUCAGGAAUAUCGUACAAAUGACUUGAUGGUUCCUCAUCUUACAAAGGCCGGCCUUUGGCGCCCUUCCUCCCGACUUGAUGAUGUGAUUGUUUUCCUUAAUGGAGAGAAGACCAAUCCCGUCUCAAUGGAGCAACACAUUGUUGCUGCCAACUCAGAGGUCACUGGUUGUCUAGUCGCAGGUGCCCAGCGCUUCCAGGCUUCUCUACUUGUGGAACUGGAGGGCAAGACACUUAGUGCAAGUGAGCGUGCUGCUAUGAUCGAGAAGCUCUGGCCUAGUAUAGAGGAGGCAAAUAUUCCUGCCCCUGCUCAUGCCCGCAUUUCCAAGAGCCAUAUUCUGUUUACUUCGAGCGAGAAGCCAAUGCUACGUGCGGCCAAGGGAACAGUGCAGCGCGCUAGCACAUUAGUAUUGUACGCACAGGAGCUUGAUAAUCUAUAUGCUGAUGCCGAUAAGCUUGCGCAACUCGACGCCAGUUCAUCCCCCGGUCCCGGUGGAGUGGAUGAUGUCGCACAGGUGACGAGUUACAUCAGAGAAUCGAUUCUGGCUAUCACAGGCUGGAGUGCAGACAAAUUAUCUGAUAAGGAGAAUUGGUUCAACUUAGGUUUGGACUCUCUACAGGCGAUCACAGCAACUCGUGUACUUAAGCAGGGUCUUAAUGUUCCCAGCCUUACCCCGAAUGUAAUUUAUUUACAUCCGACUGUGGUAGGGCUGACACAGGCGCUUCGCAAUCUCCACAAGGACUGUCAAGAGACCACCGAAGCUAAGAUCCAAGGGCUCGUUGAGGAGCGUAAUCAGUUGCUCAAGGGGCUUAUCGAAGGAAUCAAGCCUCCCAAGGCUCAGCGCUCUGAAGCAUUGCCCGACUCUCAGACUGUUAUCUUAACCGGGUCCACCGGGCAGCUAGGCACAUAUAUGCUAGAUGUGCUGCUGAAAACCCCCCACGUGAAGCAUGUUUACUGCCUCAAUCGAGAUAGCCGCGCUCGUGAACGACAGCAAGAGCGUUUAGCUUCAUUCGGACUUGACUUUGUCCUAGACGAAGCUCGAGUAACCUUCUGGAAGUCAGAUCUCAGCAAGACGGAAUUCGGACUAAAACCCGAGCAGUUUGAAGAGAUCCAGCAGACAGCAACAACUAUUAUUCACAACGCUUGGACCGUGGACUUUAACCUGUCACUAGCCUCGUUCAAACCAAAUUUGGCAGGUGUACUGAAUCUGGUUAAUUUUAGCGGCCAAGCCACCUAUUCCCCCCAGAUGUUCUUCAUUUCCUCGAUGAGCUCGGUAAUAGGCCUCCGCACCGACAAGGGCCUCACCCCUGAGGAAAUCAUUGAAACGGCAUUGCCAGCACCAAAUGGCUACGCGAACAGCAAGUAUAUCUCCGAACAUCUACUGGCAUACGCAGCACAACAAGGAUUCAACCUCUCUUUUGCCCGUGUAGGUCAGGUAGCAGGGUCGAUCCGCGCCCGCGGGCUAUGGAACAAAUCGGAAUGGCUCCCUAGUCUUGUGAUAAGCUCAUUCCACUUGAAAGCUCUCCCAGAGACAUUAGGCGAGGUCAUAGACCGCGUUGACUGGAUGCCCAUUGAUCUUCUCGCGGAAAUCCUUGUCGACCUGUCUCUUCUGAAGAGCUCAGGGUUAAGUGUUUAUCACCCGAUGAACCUGCACCCCCUCUCCUGGAAGAAAGAUAUUCGAAGCCUGGUUGAAGAAGCCCUUGCAGCUCAAGGGGAAACAGUGGAAGUUAUUCCUUUACAGGAAUGGAUCCUCCGCGUUCGACGUGACCUCGAAUCCACAAGACAAGAUAAGAGCAAAGAGUUGCAGAUACAGCUUGCAAAGAACCCAGCCGCGAAGUUGAUCGACUUUUUUGAGAUUGUGGGGAAUCAGACAGAGACUGAUAAUUCGUUGGAUACACGGGUAACCGCGCGGGUCAGUGAAAAGUUACGGGAGGUGGAUGCUGUGAAGUCAGGGUGGAUUCAGAAAUGGGUAAAUGAAUGGUUGCACUAG